GGAGGCAGCAGAGGAGACAUUGUGUUGGCUCUCACGCUGUGCUCGAGAGGGGCUGGAGCUGGAGAUGGGCAGCUGCCAGGCAUGAGGUGAAAGUGCCACUAAGACUGGGGUGGGGUGGAGGGAGCUGUCACUUCCUGCUCUGUGCUGUACAGUGAUAACGGAAGCCCAGGCUGGGGAGUGGUAGAGAGAGGUGGCCAGCAGCACAGGGCUCUGGUGGACCGGGCUACGGGUAAUCCUGUGCCAGAAGUCAAGAGCUGCUCCCACCACUGCCCUGAACUAUGUUAACCAGUCUGAUGCUCACACAAAGGCCAGCCAUGCUGUGGAAGGUGGCACUGCUUGUGGGGUUCCUUGUGCUGGUGACCCCUGUCCGCCGUGACCAGUUUGUGGAUAUCGACAAGAAGUUGAAGGCUUUUGCCAUGUCUGUGGAGCAUGUGGUGUUUCAGUUCAAUGAGGCCCAGGAGGACCCAUUUGCUUACAAGUUCCUGCGGGUCAGGCGGAGCCAGGGCCAGUUCUCUACUGGGACAUAUUUAAUAGACCUGGAGAUGGGCCGCACAGUAUGUAGAAAACACGAUGAAGACAUUGACAACUGCCCACUGCAACAAGACACAGGACGGAGGAAGGUGCGCUGCACUUACAUCGUGCAGACCAUAGAGUGGUUUACCAAGUUCUCCAUCCUGAACAGCACCUGUGCUUAGGCCUAGGUGGAGAGGGCCUGGCCCCGUAAACAUCCUCAUCUUUGGGAGUGUGACACCCUUUUGUCCUAGGUCUGAGUGAACAGGGCAAUUAAAGGCCUCUCACAGCACUUUAAGAUCUCCAAGCCUCUUGUGUCCUCCAUGUUGCUAUUUGCUAUGGAUGUCAUUGUCAAGAGGAUUUGUCAUCAUGAUCAAUCAUCAGUAAAUUCUGUGAAGCAGAGCAUCCUUCACUUGCUCCU